GUAAACGUCAGUCUUGUGGUAUUACGUCAAAAAAUAAAUCUUUUCGUCCUCAAAAACCUAAAAAACGUCUCAAAAAUUGCAGUUUUCUGUCGAAUUUCAAGUUUUGGUGAUUACGUGACUAUGGAUCUUUAAAUUGGAUCCAUAAAUUACAUAAUGUUCUUCACAUUCAACUAGUUUCCUGUGCCAAAAAACAUCAGCGUAAUGAUGGACUCGGAACUCUCCAAUACGGACAUCUGCCGGGUGUGCCGUUCGGAAGGCCUCCCCGACCGCCCCCUUUUCCACCCCUGCAUCUGCACCGGGAGCAUAAAAUGGAUCCAUCAGGAAUGCCUCAUGCAAUGGAUGCGCUACUCGCGUAAAGAAUACUGCGAAUUGUGCAGUUACCGUUUCUCCUUCACUCCCAUCUACUCCCCCGACAUGCCUCGCCGCCUCCCUGUCAAAGACUUAGCCGCCGGCCUCCUCUCCUCCAUCGGAACCGCCAUCAAAUACUGGCUUCACUACACUCUAGUCGCCAUUGCAUGGCUGGGAAUCGUCCCUUUGACAGCUUGUCGUAUCUAUCGAGCCCUUUUUGCCGGUACUGUCGACGCCAUCUUGACUCUCCCAUUCGAAUUGCUUUCAAUGGAAAAUCUCGCAUCGGAUAUUUUCCAAGGUUGCUUUGUAGUCACGUGUACUUUAUUCGCAUUUGCUGGAUUGGUGUGGCUGCGCGAGCAGAUUUUACACGGGGGCGGACCGGAUUGGUUGCAGAGAGAUAACGUGGGCGUGGCUGAAGACGCCCCACCUCCUGUUUUAAAUAAUAACAUACCGGAAGACGUGGAGGAGAAUAAUGGACAAGAGGCCGAAGUGGCGCCUCAAGGAGAGAAUCAGGGGGACCAACAGGAAGAAAAUGAAGUGAAUGGAGGUGAAGACAACAAUUGGAUACCAAUGGAAUGGGAUAGAGCCGCUGAGGAGAUCACAUGGGAGCGACUUUUGGGUCUCGAUGGGUCUUUGAUGUUUCUCGAGCACGUUUUCUGGGUCAUUUCCUUGAAUACCUUGUUUAUACUUAUAUUUGCGUAUUCGCCCUACCAUAUGGGUUUAAUGACGCUAUCUCUGGUUAAUAUGAGAGAGACGGCUUCGGCGAGCCAUUUCGAAGGAUUAUUGACCACUCUAGUUGGGUAUUGCACUGUUGGUCUUUUCUUUGUUUUCUUCCAUCGAGUCGCCGGUGUUUUGGGUUUCUACAAAGCUAAACGCGUUUUAGGUUUGUGUUAUGUUGUGGUUAAAGUAUCGAUGCUUUCGGUGGUUGAAAUCGGGAUUUUACCAUUGGUUUGUGGCUGGUGGUUAGACAUUUGUUCUUUGGCAAUGUUCGACGCGUCGCUCAAAGACCGCGAAAGUAGUUUUAGUGCCGCUCCAGGGACUUCAAUUUUCAUCCAUUGGCUAAUCGGAAUGGUUUAUGUUUAUUAUUUCGCUUCGUUCGUUCUCCUACUUCGGGAAAUUCUCAGACCUGGAGUUUUAUGGUUUUUGCGUAAUUUCAACGACCCCGAUUUUAGUCCAAUUCAGGAAAUGAUCCAUUUACCCAUCUUGGAACACAUAAGGAAAUUGUUGAUUUCGGCUGUUAUAUUUGGAAGUGUUGUACUUUUGAUGUUGUGGCUCCCAAUACGAAUUUUGAAAAUUCUUCUUCCAUCUUUCCUACCCUAUACUGUGUCUCUGAAUAGUGAAACACAGGUCAAUGAACUCUCAUUAGAAUUGUUACUUUUACAAGUGAUCCUCCCUGCGUUAUUGGAACAAUCCCACACGAGGAUUUGGUUGAAAGGCCUCGUACGUAAUUGGUGCAGAGCCGUGGCUUGGAUUUUAAACAUCCAUUCAUAUUUGUUGGGCAAUAGUGAUGGCCAAUCGCCGAACGAGGCGGGGCAACCUGUGGCCAAUCCGCCCGAACCGGGCGCCGGCUUAGGUGCCGCCCACCACGCCCUUCUCAUGAUGGAACCUCCCUCAGGUUUCCAACCCUACGAGCGUCCGUCCUUUUUCGUCGCACGUCUGGUAGGUCUCCUCAUCCUCGUUUGCGUUUCCUUGGUUACGUUUAGUCUGACCGCCUUGACUCUUCCUGUUUGGCUAGGGAGGCGUGUCAUGGCAUUGUGGCUGGUGGGAGCUCCGCCUCCCGGUCCUCAAAUCGCGACAAACUCCGCCCAGACCGAGGUCAAAGUUCACGAAUUGUACACAGCGGCGUGUGGUUUGUACUUGUGUUGGUUGUCAGCGAGGGCUGUGACUUUGGUCAUGAGUUGGUUGCCCCAAGGGAGGGCUGCUAUGAUUUCCCGAUUGAAGCAGUGGUGUAUUUUGGGGCUCAAGAUGAUGAUCGCUAGUACGAUUUUAUUAGGGGUGAUUCCCCUAUUGUUUGGAAUGUUGCUGGAAUUGGUGGUGAUCGUCCCGCUUAGGGUUCCUAUACACCAAACCCCGAUUUUGUUCAUUUGGCAAGACUGGGCCUUGGGGGUGCUAUACACCAAAAUCGCGUGUGCUGUGACAAUGAUGGGACCCGAUUGGUUCCUACGAGCGGCAAUCGAAAGGGCCUACAGAGAUGGUAUCAGGGAUAUGCAUCUGAGCUUCAUUUUUCGACAGUUGGCAGCACCGGUUAUUAUCAGUUUUGGUUUAGCGUUGGCCGUGCCCUAUGUCUUGGCCUACUCGAUUGUGCCGGUGUUUGUGAGUAAUCUACAAAUGCGGAAUCUAGUAGCGAGACGGAUUUAUCCGUUUUUACUGCUACUAGGUGUCGUGGGUGCGGUGGUAGUUUUACAAAUUAGACAAUUUAAAAAAUUGUACGAGCAUAUUAAAAAUGAUAAAUAUCUAGUAGGCCAAAGGUUGGUCAAUUAUGAUCAUAGGAAAGCUAAAUCGCAGACGGCCACUUAGAAAUUUAUUCGUUGUUUUUUGAGGUUAGGUUCAUUCCUGUACAUAUUAUUUAUUGUAAAUAUGGAAAAUUAAAGUUUUCGGUUUAUUUCUCCUAGAUCUACUUUAAAUUUGCAGGUGAGGUUGGUGCUGAAUGAGCUUGGAUAUUGAAGUUAAGUCUGUGAUAUAGCAAAAAUGCACUUUGAAUCAAAUUCAGUUUGAAAUUAAAUCCGGUUAUUCAUUCGUAAAAAGCAAAGUUGGCACUAAUCUCAUUCUAUUAUGUAGAUUGAAACGUUAAAAAUGAUUUUUUAAUUUACUAUACCUUUAUUUUACAUAAUAAAGACUGUUUUUGCAACAA